AUGCGUCUCACAUCCGACCUCAUCCAAUCCUCCCUCUCCUACCUGAAUCCGCUCAAGGAGCGCGAAUUAGAUCUCCGAGGUCAUAAGAUUCCGGCGGUGGAAAAUUUGGGGGUUGCUGGGCCACACGACGCAAUCGAUUUCACCGACAAUGAUAUACAAACCCUAAGCAAUUUCCCACUCAGUCCUCGUUUACGAACGCUUCUCCUAGCUCGCAACCGCGUGUCGAGUAUUUCUCCUACAUUGGCGAAUUCGUUGCCGAAUUUGACGACGUUGGUUUUGACGAGUAAUAGUGUGGCAGAGUUAGCGGAUUUAGAUGGAUUGGCGGGGUGUGCGAGGUUGAUGAGUUUGGUGCUGAUGGAGAAUCCGGUGGCGAGGAAGGAGCAUUAUAGAGAAUGGAUUCUCUUCCGAUUUCCCAAUGUGAGAUUUCUGGAUUAUAAGAAAGUCAAGGUAGCAGAGAGAGAAAGAGCGAAAGAAUUAUUCGGUACAGCUGCGGAACCAUCUGCUCUUGCAUCAAAGAUCAUGGGCAUCAAAUCUCACACCUUCGAUACAACCAGCCCUACGAACGGCGCAUCCACAUCCUCAACUAAUAAAUCCUACCGCAUCAAGCUUACCGAUAAAGAACGAAAGAGGGUUGAGGAGUUAAUCAAGAAUGCAAAAAGUUUACAGGAGAUUAUCAAAUUGGAGAAAGAGUUGAAUGAAGGAAGGAUUCCGGCUGCCGCGCAAGGUGAUGAUCCGAUGGAGGAAUAG